CUCUCUGAAGCAUAUAAAAGAAAGUAGCUUUUGAAUUCUUUAUGCAAUUUCUUGAUCCAGCAGUGCAGAUCAGAUACUCUGAAGACUUAGACUGAGACUCUGACGCCAACAUGAUGUUUUUCCUUUUCUUCUUUGUUCUCGCUCUGGGCUCUGUGUCUCCAUCGGAUGUCCAUCCAGUGAAGCUACAGCGUGGCAACUGUCCCAUGUUCUGGUGGAGCUUCAACGGGCGCUGCUACAAGUACGUUGCCACACGUUUGACCUGGGCUGAUGCAGAACUCCACUGUGUGUCACAGGGAGCCAACCUGGUGUCUAUUCACAGUCUGGAGGAAGAGAAUUUCGUCAAAGCUCUGAUCAAGAACUUUGACCACACUAAGGGACGCAGUUGGAUCGGACUCAGUGACAUUCAUAAAGAAGGCAGAUGGAUGUGGUCUGAUGGAGGUGCAGUGAAAUUUGUUUUUUGGAGUCCUAGAGAGCCAAACAACAAUGGAGGAAAUGAACACUGUGUUCAUACCAACUUUGAAAGGGACCUGAAAUGGAAUGACGUCCCAUGUUCAGUUACUUAUUCCUCUGUUUGUGCAUCUCGUCCUUAGCAACUGAGACAGCUAUAGAUUCUACCUGGACACUGUUCACCUGCUGCUCUGUUGACAUGCAUUAGACCUCCACAAUAUAGAUACAAUUCUACACUUUUAUGUGUGUGUACAAAAUUAAUUUCAUUAACCUUCAUUUUCAUGAAUGUUGAAUUGACUCUAAUUUCUUCUUGUUAUUUUUUCCUCACUGACUCAUAUAAACCGGAUAGAUUUAGAAAAAAAAGUAAUUUAACUAGUUAACAAUUAUAUAAAAUAUAACUUAGAAAACAUGCUUUCUCUGAUAUAAAAAGUUUUUUUAAUGAUGAUAAGUUGAUAUAAAGGGCACAUUGGAUUGGAUGGGCAUUUCUGUGAAAUAUAUAUCAGAAGUUGAUUUGCCUGUAUCAUAUACUCAUUGAGAUAUAGUGUAUUAACUUUCUUAUUUUUCUUCUUUGUUAUAGCUCAAUCCUCUUUCGUUUGAUACUGUGAUGUUGAUAGGCAUUGAUAUGAUGCAAUAAAAAAUAAUUGUACAGAAAAACAUACACUACUGCUCUCCUUAAUGUGCCAGGGUUCAACAAAUGUUGAUGAAUAGUUAACAGUUAUUGCUUGUCUUUUAUUUCCUUAUUAUCGUUUUUGAGUACUGGGUAAUUGUUAUCCAAACCAAUCCUGAUGCACUAUGGACAAUGGACUAUGACGUUUCCGUUCCAAUAGAUAAUAAUAGUUCAAUCAGCAGAGACUCAUGUUUUAUGGGGAUAGAGAAGCAGCGAGUAGAGUAGAAUUCCCCCUGAUGUUGUCUAGACACUCAUGGUUCCCUGAAUGAAGAAU